CUUUGCCCCCCCCCUGCCGUAUAAAUUGGGCUGUCCAAGUUUUUCUCUGUUAUACUGUGUGUGGUUGUGGGACAGGUUGGACGACGUCCAGUGGCAGAAACAUGUCGCAGUACUCUGGAAAGAUCACCUUCUAUGAGGGGAAAUGUUUCACUGGCAGGAAGUUGGAGGUCAGAGGUGACUGUGAUAACUUCCAGGACCGUGGCUUCAUGAACAGAGUCAACUCCAUCCGUGUGGAGAGCGGAGCCUGGAUCUGCUACGACCAUCCUGACUUUAAGGGCCAGCAGUACAUCCUGGAGCACGGAGAGUACCCAGAAUUCCAGAGGUGGAAUUCACACAACGACCACAUGGGAUCCUGCAAGCCCAUCCGCAUGCAUGGAGAACAUUACCGCAUCGAGCUGUUUGAAGCCUGUAACUUCUCUGGUCAGUGUGUGGACAUCUGCGACGACUGUCCCUUCCUGCAGAGCCGUGGAUUCUCUAAGAACUGCAUCAACUCCGUCAGGGUCUAUGGAGACGGAGCCUGGGUGAUGUACGAGGAGCCCAACUUCCGCGGUCGGAUGUACAUCGUGGAGCGCGGGAACUACUGCAGCCCCAACGAAUGGCAGGCCCAGAACCCCAACAUCCAGUCCAUCCGCAGAGUCGUCAACUACUUCUAAACCUCCAGUACCCUCCUCAUCCUCAUCAUAUCCAACAAAUAAAGGCAGACUGAGAGAAAACCCAGUUUUUUACCAAA